UCUUAUGUAGCGGACCGUCGCGCAAUCUAACAAGUCAUUCUAGAAUCUAAAACUUGUCCUUUCGCAAGGGAGCGUGCUUGCCAGAGUUUUCUGUAAUACUCGGAAUCACCGAUCCAGUUCCAACUCCAAAUCUUUGAAAUUUUGCAUGAAUUGGCAGCCAAGCGAUAGUCUUCCACGUGCUACUGACGGAACCACGAACUUUAAUAUCAACAGCUCCCCCCGCACGCCAAAACAGAACAAGAAAUUAUCGUGGCAAUGGCCGCAAUUAUUAAGCUCACCAUCGCCUCCGCGGUCCUCUUCACUCUCGCCUCAGCCUUCCCAGCGCCCGCCGAUGGCGUCGGUAAUGACCUCGUCGUGCCGUGUACCACCGGCGCACCCGUCGUCACGGCCGGCUACACCAUCAACUACGCCCCGGCCGCGCCAACCGCAAAUGCAGCCGACUCUGGCUGGCAACCCGAUCCCGUCUGGGGCAGCCAGCACGUCGCUGCCACCUAUACUUACGGCGUCUUUGAGCCCAAGGAGACGGGCUUCGCCUAUGCUCAGUUCAAGUGCCAGUACACGUGCAAUGCUGCGCCUUCGGGCUCGAGCUUCUUCGUCAAGUACGGUGAGUAUCCAGGGUGUUUUGUCGAGAGCGCUUCGGGUUUGUUUGCUGAUGACGGGUAUAGUGGGAGGCCAGACUGGCUCGCUCUGCACCUGCUACAAUGACCUGUACGUUCUGUCUGUGUGUGUGCCAAUGACCACCAUGCUAAUGAGUUUGUAGGCUGAAGCCAGAGACUUUCGUGGCUGCCAAUCAGACAAUCGUUGGUGGCUGGAAUGCCAUCUGCGGCGUCACUCAUCUUUCGGGUGGGAUGGACUAGAAUGUGGAUUUGAGUAUACCUGGAAGGGAACGAUAAUGGUGAAAAAUACGGAAAUGUGCUUCUUCGCGGGGUUUGACUUGCGGCGUGAUAGUCGUUAUGGAGGACUACAAAUAUACACGUUUUCCGCCUAGUACCUAUGAUAAUACGAAUUUAUUUGUUCGGAUCCCC